AUGAUAUUGACCGACGUGGGGCUAAGCGUCGUCAAUCUAAUCCGGGCCGCACUGGACAGAGGUUCUGGAGGGCAACAACAGGCGCGUCUAGAGGCUCACCACCCAGUGUCCGCUAACGACAAGCAGUCACCAACGGCACACGGAGAUGAACCUGCCCAUUCAGGAGAUGAUGUCGUCUUCGAGGGUGAGACCAAGGGAGUUCCCGACCUGCGUGCGGACCGGUGUCAGACCAUUACUAGUGAAUAUGUAGCUAGUAAUGGUCUGUCCUCCCGUUUGUCCUCGGGUACUUCAAAGGGCUUAUCCUCCAGUAAUGACCAACCACGGACGCCACCGCCGUCGCACCAACAACAAACAAGGACAACAACAAGCUCAGAAACUGACUGA